GCCCUGAAGAAGUGACAGUGGCAGUGGCGCUGCCACUUCUUCUAGAAUCAGGUUUAUGUUUCAACAGUUUAGUUGUUAGCUGCAACUGGAUCUGAUAACACACACCAUGACAUCAUACACGGACAAGGGGCCUAAGCCGGAGGCAGGAAAAUUUCUCCACUUUGACCAUAUCACGUUUUGGGUCGGCAAUGCAAAACAGGCAGCAAGCUAUUACUGCACAAGAUUGGGGUUUGAACCUCUUGCGUACAAAGGGCUAGAGACUGGAAGCAGAAAACAUGCCGCUCAUGUCGUCAGACAGAAUAGGGUGGUGUUUGUGUUGGUGUCUGCGUACGAACCAGGUGACCCAGAGCUAGGACCACAUCUGGUGAAGCACGGAGACGGUGUGAAGGAUGUGGCUUUCCAGGUGGAAGACUUGGAUGCUAUCAUGAAGAAAGCGAAGGAGAGAGGAGCCAAGAUUGUGAAGGAUGUUUGGGAGGAGAAAGAUGAGUUUGGGAUUGUCCGAUUAGCUCAGAUUCAGACGUUUGGUGACACAACUCACACAUUGGUUGAUCGCUCCCAGUACAAAGGGGUGUUUCUGCCAGGGUUCAGACCUGCCACCACCGAGGACCCUCUUAUCAAGAGACUACCACCGGGGAAGCUGGAUUUCAUUGACCACGUGGUUGGAAAUCAACCUGAUUAUUCAAUGGAGUCUGUUGCUGAUUGGUACGAGAAGAACCUGUUGUUCCACAGAUUCUGGUCAGUAGACGACACCCAGCUCCACACAGAGUACUCCGCCCUGCGCUCCAUCGUCAUGACCAACUGGGACGAGACCGUCAAGAUUCCCAUAAACGAGCCAGCUCAAGGCAAGAAGAAAAGUCAGAUUGCAGAAUAUGUGGACUAUUACGGAGGCGCUGGAGUGCAACAUAUUGCCAUCAACACACAGGACAUCAUCGGCUCUAUCAUCAAUUUGAAGGCCCGAGGCCAAGAGUUUCUACAAGUCCCGGACACGUACUACGAUGCGCUCAGAGCCAAAUUGAAGGCUGACAAGAUCAACAUCAUUGAAGAUUUGGAUAUUCUUCAGGAAUUGAAGAUACUGAUUGACUAUGAUGAAAACGGCUACUUACUACAAAUAUUCACGAAAAACAUGCAAGACAGGCCAACUCUGUUCCUGGAAGUCAUUCAAAGACACAAUCAUAAUGGAUUUGGAGCUGGGAAUUUUAAAGCUCUUUUUGAAGCUAUUGAAGCUGAACAAGCUCAGAGAGGAAACUUGUAGAAAAAAGUGAAUGGAAACAAGAAGACUAAUAGAUGUAGGAUGAAUGUGUAACUUGAUUCAGUUGCUAAUGCAGUAACUUUGAUGUUACUCGCUUCUAUGACGUUAAAUAAGUAUUAUUAAAAUUUAUAUACAGGCUGAUCUGAAUUAGUUUUCCAUAUUUUUAAAACAAAAACUUAUCUACUUAAAACCCAUUUGCAAUAUGUUUUAAUUUUUAAGUCGGAUAUAGUAUUACUUAAAAAAUACAAAUUAUCUUUCUUUAUUCAUUUUAAAUCGGUUGAGUUAUCUAUCUUGCAAUCUUAGAAAAAAGUUGUUGUAAAAACAAAUAAUUAACACUUAAUAUUUUAGUGCAAAUGGCAAUCAUAAUGUGUUUAACGUGGUAGGUUUUCACUUUAAACCCAGAUAUUGACACAUAGAUGGAAAACUAAGUCUUUCGGAAGAAAUAAUUUUAGAAACUACUUUCUUUAAUUUUUUAUGAAUAUCCUGUAUAUUUGAGGUUAAAUAUAGCUUUAUUAGUUUGGGUACUCCGCUUGUGUUUAUUUUCUAACUUAAGAGGUAUUAACUUAGAAGAAAACAAUAUUUUUAUUUUUAUUUCAGAAGUUAUUAUUUUGUUAGUAUUUGAAUGGUUGCACCUUAUUAGUAGAAUAUUUAAUUUAAGAGAAUAUUUUAAAAACGUGGUAGUUUACUUCGGUGGAUUAAAAAUUUUAAGGUUUACCAAGAAGGGUUAAAAAGAACAAUUUUUCCAAGAUAAAAUAAAAUCAUUAUUUUAAAAGUGCUUGUAGACUUAGAUUUUGUUCUAUGAUUUAAAAAUUAAAACUGAGAUAUAUAUAUAUAUAUAUAUAUAUAUAUAUAUAUAUAUACACAUAUAUACAAUUUUUUACAUUACAAAAUUAAUUACUCUUU